AUGGACGCAGAAGAUGGGGCCUACAAGGCUCAAGAUCUCACGAUGAAGAGCAUGUGGCAGGAUGCUUCGGCGAGGUUCGCCGAUCGUACCGGCCUGUCGCUCGAUUUGAAACCGCCUAAGACGUUGGACGACUGUGUGGGCGUGAUUGAGAAGCGCCAGCAACCAGUGAUGGCCAAUUCUUCAUUUAACACGUCAUCGCGUACUGAAAAAGCCAAGGAAUUUGGCAUCGAUAUCAUUCGCUGCCUGAAACUCCUCGGUGGCGUGGCCGCGCAGGGUGCUGAUAUGGUGUUUCCUCCGUCGAGCCUCUGUUUCAACGCACUCUCGUUGCUCCUGGACAUUCCGGAGAAGCUUCAGUCCUUCCACCAGGCAAUAGAUGGCCUGUUUGAAACUCUGGGUCCCGGCCUCAGCAUGUUCAGAAUUUAUGAACGAAUCGAACAGUUUAACGAAAUUGAACCCGAGUUGAAGCAAGCUAUUCACAAGCUCAUGAUAAGCUUCGUCGAUAUUUGUUCGCUAUCCAUAAAGCUGCGAGAUUCUGGGCGAUGGAAGAAAUUCAAGGUGGCGGUCAGCCUAGUUCUUCUGGACAAGGACUCCGGCGUCAAAGACGAGAUCGAGAAUUUCAAAAGCCUCACGGCCGCCCACACUUCAAUUCAAGCCACGCAGACCCUCAAGGUCGUGCUCGAAACCAACAGCAGCCUUACCACUAUUCUAGACAAAGCAUCGGAAACGGGCCUGCGCAUCGACGAAAUUGCAGUCUACGUCGCCCAUCUGAAAGACGCAGACGACAAGCGCAAGUCGGAUGAGACGAGGCGGAACCAUCUUCAAAAUAUCAAAGACAAAGUCGACCUUGAAGACAGCGUCAUUAAAGAUUCCAAAACCAUCUGCGACAACCUCUACCGUGAUUGCAUUGCAGACACGGCAGCUUGGUUUGAGGACCGCGAGAAGCACCCGGACUUUCACAAAUGGGCCGAAAGAGAUGACGCCGAAGCCAAUGCGCUCUUUCUCUUGACCGGGGACUCCAAUACUGGAAAAUCAUUCGUCGUGUCUUCUGUUGUCCACCACUUGAGAGCCGUAUACAAGGCCCCUAACAGGCAGUCGCCCCGAACCUUGGUUGCAAGCUACUUUUUCCCCAGCAGCAUCGAAAAGAACGACACUACCAAACGGCCAAUAGAAACUGCUCUGAAAUGCAUCGCCAUGCAGUUCGCUGAGGCGGACUCUGCCUACGCUAAGAGAAUAUCGCAGAGCUGCGAUGCCAAAGAGGAUAUCAAGAAGUUCAUGAGGGAUGCCUCUUGCCAAGAGCUCUGGGAUUUCUUUGGCAUUGGUGCCCCGAAGGGAAGAGUCGCACAUUACUUGGUCAUCGACGGCCUAGCCUCUCUACCCGAAUCGUACAAGGAAAGCAGAGAACAGUUUUUCUCUGUCUUGGAAACCCUCGGCUCUGCCCACUCUCCCGUUCGAGUCCUCUUAUCAGUAAGGCCUAGCACCCUUGAGGCGAUGGGUCAGGAUCUGGUUUACUCCAAGAUCGACGUUGAGAAACAUAACGACGGCGAUAUCCGCCUUUACAUUGACAACGAGCUCAAGAACGACGAUAUCCUCCAAGAUGAUGAUGAGGACUCGACCAGAAUACGAGACAAAAUUCGAGAGACGUUGUCUACUGAACUAGGAGGAAACUACUACAAAGUGAGGAGUGCCCUGGAGAAAAUCAAGGCUGUUGUCGCGGCCGAUGGGCUGGAAUCCGAGGUCGACACGAUUCUUGAAGAGUCGAACAAGGAUGAAAAGGCUAUUUCCCAAAUCGCCCUCAAGAAACUGGAAGACACACUGCGGCCAGAUGAAAUCAACGAAUUGAACGAGCUGCUGAUAUGGGUAAUAUUUGGCUCUGUCUAUUUCAAUAUCGAGCAACUCAAUGCGGCUUUGGUGAGAUCGCCCCCGUUUCUGCGAUUUAAAACUCGAUCUAUGCUCCAGCUGGAAAAAAAGCUGAAGGGGAAAUACGCGAGCAUCUUCGAGGUAUACAGCAACGGUUUUGUGAGUAUCGUUGAUGGCAUGGAAGACUUGCUUAAGAAGGAGAGGACCGAACCGCGAAACGUAGAUGACACGCCCAAGUUUAGCGCCACGAUCACAAUCACCAAGGCGGACUUGUCAAGCGUGCAGUCCUUCCUAUGGAGCUUCAUGCAGAAGACGGCCCAGGAUAACUUUGGAUUUCAAGAACUCGAGGAACACCAAAAUGUCAAGGGAACUAUUCAAACAAACGAGUUUGACGCGCACCUCGCGAUAGUGCGACGUACAUUUGAUCUUCUCGCUGAGCCACCGAACCCCAAAACACAAGCUUUAGGGAGUUACCUACUCAAUUACCUUCCCCAACACCUGGAGGCGUUGGACAAGGCCACCGAGCUCGACGCCCUUACUCCUCUGGAGAAGAGAGAGAUCGGCGACGGUCUCUUCUCGCUCUUUGUGUCCGGCGAAGUGAUUGAAACCCAUUGGGAUAGCUGCCAUGAUCUGAUUUGGUAUCGUGCCCCUGACGAACUGGACAUAUUCCUUGGGUGGCUCAAGGAGCCAUCCGUCGUUCGCCAUCUUGGAAGACUGGAUCGGGAAUGGCUCCAAGAAGUUGCUUCCAAUAGCAACCCGUAUCAUGCUUUGUUGGAGAAGGUCAUGAAAACAGUCGCCCAGCACUGGGUCCAAGAUAGGGAAUGGGAAGUCAAGCAGGCAUACCUGUGGCUUCGGGACUAUUUGGGAAUGGAGCCUCCCAAGGAACGUAAUCCUCCGGAAGCUGGGGAUGAUGGUAGCGAUGCCGGCAGCGUCAAGAGUUCCCAACAGAAGGACCCUUGUACCGUUGAUGAGGUGGCGAGUUGGUGUCAAGAAAUACUUGGUGUCACGGAGCCAGAUUCUGUAUGGGACGAACGCCUCGCGCAGACUCACUACGAACUGGAUGAGGUGGCUGAAGCAAUCGAAAAAUUCAAGAGGGCAAUUGACCGUGGCAACCCGAGCGCAACAUGCCUCGAAGGCUUAGCCAACGCACUGGCAAGGGACGGGAAGUUCCUGGAGGCUUGUCAAGAAGUGGACAAGGCGGUUCAGAUCCUCGAGAGCGAGGAUCCCAAAGACGAUGCGAGACUCGGCAAGAACUACAUUCAGCUCGCAAAGUGGUACAGCGAACUCCAGCAGCCGAAGCGAGCUAUUGAGUACAUGCGGAAAGCGCUUGCCUUGGCACCAGAGGACCACGUUGUACUUUCGGAACUUCUCCUGGCGCUGCUCCAAAAUGAUGACGAACCGGCGGCGAUUGAGUUGUUGCUCGACCUCUCGGCGCGCCAGACGACACCGGGAAAGGCAAGUUGGUUCAGCCAAGUUAUCGAGGAAUUGAUGUCCAGGAAUACCAGCGCUACAGUUGGCGAAUUCCUGUCGGUCGCAUCUCGAAACUCUGAGCUCUUCGCUCAUCUUCUCUUGGCGAUCGAUGAUAUAAUACGCAAAGCCGAAAAGGAAAACACGUUACACUUUUUGACCGUGGCACAGCUUUACAAAGGCAUUGCCAUCUACCACUACAACGUCGAAGCCGAAGCCGCCUCGUCUAGAGCCGCUGCCCUUGAUUGCUGGCGCAAGUGUUUAGACUUUGAUACCGGGUACAAUACGUGGCAUCUUCAACUGGCCAGCACGUUGCUCAGUUCGCAUUAUUUUGAGCAGGCGAGAACCUCACAAGACCCCGCGAAUCAGCAAGAGCACCUUGAGAAACUCAAAUCUCUCGUCAAGGCCGAGAGACAGCAUGACUUGACCACGUCAAAAUCCUACCUCCUAUCUUAUUACUCCGUCAGCGGCAAUGACUCUGAUUCUAAGGCCCUUGCGCAGGCUCUCAUCGAAUCUGCCUUUGAGAUGCUUUCGGAUGACGCAGAUGAAAACGACUGGGAAGGCUACUACAAUCUCGCGAGUAUCUUGAUGAGACGCGGUGACCUACUUAAUGCCCUCUCUGGAUUUUCCCUCCUCUUACCCCCGCCAGGCGGGACAUCGGUCAUGAACUGGGUGCUAGACUUCGAGACUGACCCGGAGCAGAGCCUCAGCCGAGAACUACUUGUCGCCCUCGGCAACGACCCAUCGUUAACUACAUUGGACGAGCAGUUCCAGUUUGUUUCCAAGGAAGUAGAAAAGAGGCUUUCCAAUUCCAAGGACACUGGCGAGGAGGAAACAAAGCUCAAGGCCGCUUGCCAGGGAAUACAGUCGAAGCUAGCCCAGUUUUCGAAGCUAAAAGCGUUCUCGACAUUUUGGUUCCAGUGCGACGGCCCAUGCAAGAGGAAGUGGGACUUUGAGAUGCCGAUAAAUCUCUGCAAGUAUUGUCUCGACAGAGGAUUCUGUAACGAAUGUCUGCAGCUUCUGAAGGAGGACAAGCUCUGGCCUCAACCAGCAGAUGGGACUGUGUGUAACAAGACUCACGACUGGUUGUAUCUUCCCAAGUGGGACAGAGAGAGUUACCUUGGACCUUUGUUUGGGAAUGUGCGUGUUGGUGGUCAUCUUGAAGAUGGACGGCGUGUUGGCGGAGACGUCGUUCCCAUCUCGACAUGGCUCGAUGGAUUGAGAGACGGAUGGGGCUUGGCGAAGCAGGCGACUGCUUUGGAAGUCAAUGGCGGAGACAGUAACGGUGACAUCCCAUGA